UGGAAGAAAAACAAUGGCACAAGCAUUGUGUUCACUUCAUCAGAGCAUCUGAUUGCACAACAGCUUCAUGGGAUUUUUUUUUUUUCUGUCUCGUGUCUUGGCUCGAACUCGAGGCAGAACAUCAACGUCACUGAAACUGUAAACAACCUCUCAGUGGAACAGGAAAGUCAUACAUAAGGGUGUGUUGAAGAAACAGAAGCAUACAGUAGAGGAAGAGAAGGAGAGAGAGAGAAAGAAAGAGAGAAAGAAAGACAGACUGCACUGCUAAAAGCACAGAAGAUCAGACUUUGCGGUGUAAACAUGGCCAGUGCUCAAGUACCACUUACUAACAUUCAAUCACCGCUCACUAACGUGGGAAGCGGCUACACCAUCAUCACUCAAGUGGUUCCUGCAUCUACAGUCCUGAAUACAGCGGGACAAAUUUCCACUCAGAUACGCAACCCACUGCAGAAGUUCCUGAAAGGAGAACCCAAAGCUCUGGGAACUGUCCAAAUAAUGAUUGGUUUGUUGACGAUAUUGUUUGGUAUCGUGCUGGCAGUCUACCCUCAGUCUAUCAGUAUUUACUCUGGAGUUGUCUUCUGGGGCUCGGUGUUUCACAUCAUUGCUGGAUCUCUGGCUGUUGCAGCGAGCAACAAGCUAAACUCCUGCCUGUUGAAGGGUGCAAUGGUGCUGAACAUUUUUAGCACACUAUCUGCAGGAACUGGCAUCAUCAUCUUUUCUGUGGAUGUGGCAUUAGGGAGGAUCUACAGUGACUGCUACUGGGACAACCACAAUUACAGAUGCAACUACAGCUAUGUCGCAGAGAGCUAUACACGGGGAAUGAACGGAGUUCUGCUGGUUUUCUGUCUGCUCCAGUUUUGCAUCUCUAUCUCAGUUUCAGCAUUCGUCUGCAAAGCCACCUGUACCCAUGAACCUACCCUGAACAUCAUCAACGUCGUUCCGAACCCUGAGACCUUUGCUCCUAGUGCUCCUGUGGUCAGUGCCUUCCCACCUCAUCACACUCAGCUGGAGGUCAAUCCAAUGCACGCUGCCGCCAUGGGCGCUUCACCUAUGGAAAAUCCUCCAGCGUACAGCGAGAAAAGCCAACUAGGGCAGGGAGUAAAGAUGGCCAGUGCUCCAGUACCGCUCACUAAUGUGGGAAGCAGCUACACCAUCGUCACAUCUACAGUCCUGAAUACAGAGGGACACAAUUCCACUCAGAUACGCAACCCACUGCAGAAGUUCCUGAAAGGAGAACCCAAAGCUCUGGGAACUGUCGAAAUAAUGAUUGGUCUUUUGAUGAUAUUGUUUGGUAUCGUGACCGCAAUCUUCCCUUGGUCCGUCACUGUUCACACUGGAAUCAUUUUCUGGGGCUCUCUGUUUCACAUCAGCGCUGGCUCUCUUGCUGUUGCAGCGAGCAACAACCUAAACAACUGUGUGGUGAAGGCCACGCUGGUGCUAAAUAUUUUUAGCACACUAGCUGCAGUGGGCACUGUCAUCACAAUUUUCAUGGAUUUCUUAUUCAUGAACUACUACUACGACUACUACUAUGGCAGGAGCAAUAUCUUCAUGGGUCUUAUCUAUGGGAUCAACGGAGUUCUGCUGGUUUUCUCUCUGCUCCAGUUUUGCAUUUCUAUUGCAAUUUCAGCCUUUACCUGCAAAGCCUCCUGCACCAACGAACCAACCCUGAACAUCAUCAACAUGGUCAUCCCUGAGAGAACUGCUCCUGGUGCUCCUGUGGUCAAUCCCUUCACACCUCAUCAUGUUCAGCUGGGGGUCAAUACAAUGUAUGCCACCGACAUGGGUGCUUCACCUGUGGAAAAUCCUCCAGUGUACAGUGAGAAAAACCAACCAGAGCAGCAAGGAGGAGUCUAAAUAACAAAAUAAAAAACAAGUGCAAUAACACUGCUACCUAAUAACACACUCACACUCCAGCACUUAGUAACAGAUCACACACAGAAUCCUGGACACUGAAAGCCUACAUUAUGUACAUUAUAUACAUUAUAUACAUGUAGUAGAGCCGAUUUAUCAUGUUUUAUAUGCUGGUUAUUGCUCCUAGUUCUUCUGUAAUAGAAAUUCUGCUCAACACUUAAAAACCAAAAAUAAAGAUGGUUCUAAAUUUUA